CACGACUUCGCGUUCGCACUCGCACUUGGGCUUGAUCGGUGGGCUUCGUUAAUCCUUAUCGAACGACGUCGGUUCGGUUUCUGUUCGGUUAAUUUUGAAAUAACAAUGGUUGGUGGAAUUGUAUUAUAAUAUUUACUCGCAUUAUACUAGUGAAUCGUGCUUAUUAAAACAACAAUCAACGCUUAUAAAAAUAGGGUCAACGUUUUACUAUAUGCGGCGUUAUCUGAGGAGAAAAAUCUAACGUUUACUCGUCAGUUGAUACUUUUGGUGAAAUAGUCGGUUUCAUUACGUCUUCUUGUUAAAAUGUUUGUAAAAGACGGGCUGUUUGUGCUUACAAUUUUUGUGAUUCUCACUCACAGUCCCGUAAAGUGCAUUAGGCAUUUUUGGAGAGGCAAGCAUUUCUCAGCCGAUAGUCCAUCGCGCCACAAAAUUUUGUUCCAGGGGACCAAUAAAGAUGUCCAAACAUUGUGGUUCGAACAGCUAUUGGAUCACAAUGAUCCGUCUAAUUCGGCAACAUGGCAACAACGGUAUUAUUUGAAUGAUCAAUAUUUUAAUACAUCAGCCGGUAAUGGACCGGUAUUUUUGAUGAUCGGCGGCGAAGGAGAGGCUACUGCCCGUUGGAUGACUGAAGGAGCUUGGAUCCAUUAUGCUAAAGAGCAUGGGGCGUUGUGUUUUCAGCUUGAACACAGAUUCUACGGAAAAAGUCAUCCCACUGAAGAUCUGGCAACGGAGAAUCUUGCUUUUCUAACAUCGGAACAGGCUCUAGCAGAUUUGGCCUAUUUUAUAGAAGCUAUGAAUGAGAAAUUUCAACUGAGCUCGAGAAAUCUUUGGAUUGCUUUCGGUGGAUCCUAUCCGGGAUCUCUAGCGGCUUGGUUAAGAGAAAAAUAUCCCCAUUUAGUGCAUGGCGCUAUCAGUAGCAGUGGUCCUUUAUUGGCUAAAAUUGAUUUCAUUGAGUAUUUCCAAGUGGUGGUGGACUCACUGGGGCGCUAUUCAAAGCAAUGCGUUCAGGACGUGCAAAGUGCAAUGACUCAGGUCGAAACAAUGUUGAAACACAUGAUUGGCCAGAGAAGCCUUAGUGAGAAGUUUAUGUUGUGUGAUCCAGUAGAGAAAUCCAUAAGCAAUCCACUUGAUAUCGCCAGUUUGUUUGAGGCGAUUGCUUCCAACUUCGCUGGUGUUGUACAGUAUAACAAGGACAACAGUCCCCACGCUAAAAUUACUAUCGAUCAGGUGUGCGAUGUGAUGACCAACCAAACCAUUGGGGCUCCUGUUUCACGCUUAGCUAAGGUCAACGAAAUGGUUAUGAAGCAAGACGAUCAAAAGUGUCUAGAUUACGUGUACGACAAAACAGUUCAGCAAAUGCAAAAUAUUUCCUGGGACGCAGAAGUUGCGAGUGGAGCUCGCCAGUGGACCUAUCAGACUUGCAACGAGUUUGGAUUCUACCAAACAUCGGAUCAGCCAGAAUCGGUGUUUGGGAACAGAUUCCCCGUGGAGUUUUUCGUGCGCCAGUGCGCCGACAUCUAUGGGCAGAAGUUCAACACUAAAACAUUGAACCGAGCUGUGUACAGAACAAAUACCAAUUACGGAGCGCUCAAUCCGGCGACAACGAAUGUAUUGUAUGUGCACGGUUCCAUCGAUCCCUGGCACCGGUUGGGUUUAACAGAAAGCAACGAUAUCCACAUACCAACAAUAUUCAUAGAUGGAACGGCUCACUGUGCCAACAUGUACGAACCUAAGGAGGAUGAUUUUCCGCAACUGAAAGCCGCACGGGUCGAAAUCAAUGCGUACAUAGGAAAUUUACUCCAGUUAAGCUCAGAUUAAAAUGUUCCAAAGAUUUGUUUAUUAUAAUGCAUGACUUGUAACCUCUCUUCACAAUUAAAAACCUUGUAGCAAAAUAAAUUUUCGUUGUCACAGUAGUUAAAA